UACAAAAUAUUUGUCCUUACAAUAAAUUUAUCACGGAUGUAAAAUCUAAAAUGUUUUCCAAGCUAUUAAAUCUUUAAAGACACGCAAUAUCGAAUGUAUUUUUUUUGUGGUAUCACAAAACCACAUUAAAAAUUCAGAACCAUUUUGCCACAUUGAAGUUCUGGUCAUUGAUAUUCCCUUUGAGCAUUUGGCCAGAGAUAUAGUUCCAAUGGAAUAUUUUAUUACUACUGUACGCCAGCGUCUGCGAAUGUUUUAUUAUGAUCCAACAAAGGAAGACUGUCGCAUAUGAUGGAUUACCUCGCAAGUUCAUAUUGUCGACUAAAUAAAGUUUUAUUGUCAUGUUUGGGCGAAUGGCCUUACCAAACUUCGACCCAGCGACGAAUCGUACGCAGCAUUAUUUAUUUUUUGAGCGCCAGUAUUAUUAUUCCCAAGAUAAUAAAACUCAUAAAAGUUUGGGGAAAUUUAGAUUUGAUCAUUGAGUGCGUGCCGAUGUUGCUCCUCGACGCCGUUAAUUUUGUAAAAGUAGCCAAUGGUUUUAUAAAUUUCCACAAGAUGCGUCAAUUAUUUGACAGGAUUCAGGAGGACUGGAAGCUUGAAUUUACCAAAAAAGAGUUUGAAAUUUUGGAAAACUAUGCCGAAGACGGCCGAAAACUUACUAAAUUUUACGCAACUUAUAUGUAUUCCACGAUGUUAAUAUACUUUUGCAUGCCAAUUUUGCCAAAAAUAUUGGAUGUAUUGGCACCAUUGAAUGCCUCAAGACCGGAAUUGUAUUUAUUUGAAGCGGAAUAUUUCAUUGAUCAACAUAAAUAUUACUUUCCAAUUUUGAUCCACGCGUACAUUACCUGCGCAGUCGCCGUCUCCAUAUUGGUUGCGUUCGACACGGAGUAUGUCGUUCAAGUUUUGCAUGGCUGUGGAAUUUUCGCAGUGUUAAGAUAUAAAUUGGAGCAUAUGGUAAUAAGUGACAACGAAGCUAACCUCAAAAAUGAUAAACAAAUAAAAGCAACUACCUACAAAAUGAUAGUGGAUUGCGCAAUUCUUCACAGAAAAGCACUUGACUUCGCUGAUCUUUUAGAGUCUUCGCGUGAGACGUACUUUUUCUUUGUCCUCUUCGUGAACAUGGCAGCGAUCAGCAUUACCGGCGUCCAGACGGUUUUAAAACUGGACCAACCUACUGAAGCGGUCAGAUUCGGAGUCUAUACUUUGGCACAAGUGACCCAUAUUUUUUACAAUAGUUAUCCCGCUCAAAUGCUGUAUGACAACAGCUGGCAAAUGAGUGAUGCUAUCUUUGCUGGAAAUUGGUAUCGUGCUGGAAAAAAUUCAAAAAAUUUACUACACAUGAUGAUAAUAAGAAGUCGAAAGCCUUGCAAAUUAACCGCUGGAAAAAUUUAUCUAAUGUCACUAGAAAAUUUUUCCGCUGUUGUAAAAACUUCAAUGUCUUAUUUCACAGUUUUGUUGUCUAGCACUCGCAAAUCAGAAGUUGACCGGAGUGGAACAAUGAGCACUACGGAAGUAAUAUCUGAUUUUUUCAAGCAACCCGCCUACAAAAUAACUGCUCUAACUUUGAGAAUAGUCGGGCUGUGGCCGCUUCAAUCUAAGUUUGAAGGAAAACUUUUGAGAUUUCUUUGGUAUUUUUUUAUCAUGACUCAAAUGAUACCUCAAAUAUGUGUUUGCAUAACUGAUUUUGGACUGGAAACAUUGAUGUCAACUAUUCCGCCAUUUACGGUAGCAAUUAUUGCAGGCGCUAAAAUGAUAAUUAGUACAAUUAACAAUAAUAAGAUUAUCGACUUGAUGAAAAUCAUGCACCAAGAUUGGACAUCAUUAAAAUCAGAAGUUGAACAUGAUAUCAUGAAGAAACACGUCGAGCAAGGACGCUUACUUACACUUUUCAUAUCAAUCUUAAAAUUUUCAGUGUGGUACUAUAAUUCCUUGAUGGUGUUCCUCUUAUUACCAGUAAGACCAAAAAUGAUGACCUGGCUAGGUUUGUCCAAAGGUCCUGCCGAUUUCGCAUUUCCAUACCCCGUUAAUUAUGGCGUCGAUCAGGAUAAGUAUUUCUACGUUAUCGAAGCGCAUAUGUCUUUUUGCUCGGCGCUUGUUAUAACACUAAUUAUUGCUGCAGAUACGUUUUUUAUCGUUUUUGUACAGCACGUCUGUGGAAUUUUCACAGUAAUAAGUCACCGGUUAAAACAAUUGUCAGUUUCGAAUAAUUUGAACAUCCAGUUACAUCCAAGCAAAAGAGAUGAUGAGUCAUUUUGGAUCAUUGCCAGUUGCAUCAGAAAGCAUAAUGAAGCGAUCAAGUUUACAGAGCUGCUUGAAAAUAUCUAUUGCUGGAUAUUUUUCAUAAGUGUAGGUCUCGAAACAUUACUUAUGACAUUUUCUGGUGUACAGUUAGUUUCUCAAAUGGGUAACAUUGAUGAACUAUUCCGUUGGGGUCCGUUCGCCUUUGGUCAAUUAGUUCAUGUUUUUGUCGAAAACGCUAUUUCGCAGCAACUGAUUGACUACAGCGAAGGAAUUCAUGACGCAAUAGUGAUGAUAAAAUGGUACAGACUAUCUAUUCGAUCUCGAAAACUGAUAACCUUUAUGAUCAUGAGGAGCCGUGUAACAUGUUCUAUUUCAGCCGGGAAAAUGGUUAUCAUGUCAAUGGAAACUUUUGGAAUGAUUUUGAAAACAACCAUGUCGUACUUUACACUACUUACUUCUGUUCAAGAAGAAUAAAGCACUGUUACAGUUUGUAAUAAAAUUUUACAAGAAGUUCAAAAAAUUCUUUAUUUUUAUAAAAAAGAAAUUUAAAUAAA